AUGGGGGGCGGAGGAAAGGAAAUCAAAGCUGCCGCAGCUGAAGGGUGUAAGAGCACGCUGGGGAAGAGCCGAGGGGCCGCAGGACGGGAUGGCAGCUGGAAGCCCGGCUGCGGCGGGGAGCGCUGCCCGCGGCCGGCCGGGUGGUGCGGCUCGGCGCUGCCCGCCCUCCUCUCGGCGCUGGCGGCCGCCUCCUGCGUCUACCUGGGGGUGCGGACCAGCGACCUCCAGGCCAGGGUGGCGGCCAUCGAGGGCGCCCGGGGGGACUUCUCUGCCGCCGCCCCGCUCCCGCCGCUGCCCGGCUACUCCUUGGAGCAGCUGAACGCGAUGAUGCAGGAGAAAGUGGAGCGACUCCUCGCCCAGAAAUCGUACGAGCACUUGGCAAAAAUACGAGUAGCGAGAGAAGCGCCUCCAGAGUGCAACUGCCCACCAGGUCCUCCAGGGAAAAGAGGUAAGCGGGGCAGAAGAGGAGAGACUGGACCUCCUGGUCAGCCUGGUCCUCAAGGCCCUCCUGGUCCGAAAGGCGAGAAGGGAGAUCAAGGUGAUCAGGGCCCUCGGAUGGUGUUCCCUAAAAUCAAUCAUGGGUUUCUCUCUGCUGAUCAGCAGCUCAUUAAACGCCGCCUCAUUAAGGGGGACCAGGGACAGGCUGGACCCCCUGGGCCUCCAGGGCCACCAGGACCUAGAGGUCCCCCAGGAGAUACUGGCAAAGAUGGUCCUCGCGGGAUGCCUGGUGUACCGGGUGAGCCGGGAAAACCAGGAGAGCAGGGAUUGACAGGACCUCAGGGGCCUCCAGGACAAAAGGGUACUGUCGGAGUGCCUGGUGUUCCAGGGAGAGACGGACAAGUGGGUGAACCCGGUUUGCCUGGCAUAGCAGGAGAAAAGGGAGCGGCGGGGCUUAAGGGUGACCCUGGAGAAAGAGGAGAAAAGGGUGAUGCUGGAGAAAAUGGACCUAAGGGUGACACAGGAGAAAAGGGUGACCCUGGUUCUUCUGCUGCAGGAAUUAAGGGUGAACCUGGUGAAUCUGGACGGCCUGGACAAAAGGGUGAACCAGGUCUUCCUGGGCUUCCUGGACUCCCUGGGAUAAAGGGUGAACCAGGUUUCAUUGGUCCACAAGGAGAACCUGGGUUGCCAGGGCUGCCAGGAACGAAGGGUGACAGAGGAGAAGCAGGCCCUGUUGGGAAGGGUGAGCGAGGUGAACCUGGAGUUCCUGGACCAAAGGGGAAAACAGGUGAACCUGGAUCUAGAGGUCCAAAAGGGUCAAAGGGUGACACAGGUGACACAGGUGACACAGGAUCUGCAGGUCCACGGGGACCACCUGGACAGAAGGGCGAUCAAGGUGCAACAGAGAUAAUCAAUUAUAAUGGCAAUAUCCAUGAAGCUCUGCAGAGGAUCGCCACCCUGACUGUCACGGGGCCACCAGGACCACCAGGACCCCAAGGGCUGCAAGGGCCAAAGGGUGAACCAGGAUCCCCAGGAACUCCAGGAGCUGAUGGGGAGCAGGGUCCUAAAGGCUCAAAAGGAGAUACAGGUGAUCCUGGAAUGCCUGGAGAAAAGGGAGGAAUUGGACUGCCUGGCCUGCCAGGAGCCAAUGGUAUGAAAGGCGAAAAGGGAGAAGUUGGUUUGCCUGGUGCCCAAGGUCCUUCAAUGAUAGGACCACCUGGACCACCAGGGCCACAUGGUCCUCCAGGCCCUAUGGGACCUCAUGGACUGCCUGGCCCAAAGGGUGUAGAUGGCCCAGUUGGUCCCCAUGGCCCUGCAGGUCCUAAAGGAGAAAGAGGUGAAAAGGGAACUGUAGGUGACCCUGGACCCAGAGGACCAUAUGGCUUGCCUGGCAAAGAUGGCGAGCCUGGCCUUGAUGGCUUCCCUGGUCCUCGAGGAGAAAAGGGUGAUAUAGGAGAAAAGGGAGAAAAGGGAUUCCGUGGAAUUAAGGGGGAAAAAGGGGAGCCAGGCCAGCCUGGCCUGGAUGGGCUGGAUGCCCCUUGCCAAUUGGGUCCCGACGGAUUACCAAUGCCUGGCUGUUGGCAAAAGUGAUGAAUCUAACCUUACAAGCAUGAAGUUGUGUACAUAGUGCUCCACUUUUUGUAUUUAUAGUUGAAAACUGAACAUUUGAUUUUAUGAGUCUGAGAUAUGUUUACAUGUAGCUGCUUCUACUUGUUUGCAGUAGUCCAUGUGUACAUCUUUUUUUCACUUACAUCUGCAGUUAGAUGGUAUACAACUGCAGAGUAAACCUGCAAAGAUUCUUUCUCUAGUGAGAGAGGAAUCUCGAUAAAACAAUCAGUGAUAGAAAUCUGAUUAUUUCUGUAAAUUCUUAUAUUUUGGCUUGUGGACAUGCAUGGACAAUGAGUGCCAUGGACUAGUUUACAAGAAAUUGUGACCAAAUAUGAGCAAAAUGCUAUGAAAUGUACUGUGCCAGCUGCCGUUGGAGUUUACUGACUUGGCUUCCAUGUCCAUCUUAAGCACUUCACUGAUUCAUGCCACCAUAUCUGCUUGUAUGGACUAAAAGCAUGAGUUUGUGUGCCAAACAUGCUUGUUGUGUGAUCACGUCACAUGCUAAAUGGCUGCUCACAGUGACCUUUGAUUCCAGCUUCUGAGUCGUUUCCUUUUGUCAUCUCAAGGGGGUCACACCAUGGCUUAUUGCUAAAAAGAGAUAAACCAGAGAAGAAUAGAAGGAGGCCUUGAAUUUUUGGGGAAUAGAGUUCCAGCUGCAGGUGGAUGGCUUCCAGUCCUGCAGGUCACCUGGCCCCUUUGAUCAAAGAGGGUCCUGCCUGUUAAUCAGCAUCAGUUUGCCUUGCACUGCUCACAAUCGUGAAGACAUUCACGAUGGGCCCUGUCAAGUCCCUAAUCAAGAAGGAAAGAAGUUUGAAGAAGAAACCAGACUUCUCUGUGGGUUGUUUGGAAAGGUUACAGAGGUGCUGCAGGGAUCAUUUGAUGGCAGACACCACCUGAGACUAGAAGCUUCUCAACCUUACUCAAGGAUGGACAGAGUAUGUGCUCUGCAUAUUGUAUUUUGGGACUGCUGGAGGAAAAAGCAUUCUUGAGGCAAGGAUGAAUUGGAACAUCCUCCAGAGGAGGAGGAGAACAGAACUGACCAGAUGUAUGUACCAUGGUGUGGUUUCCAGGUGAUUCAGUUUAAAUUACAUAAAACUAGCUGAACUUCCCUGCAGAAUUUUGGAAGCUAUGGUUAAUUUUGUUUCCUUUUCCCGUAACUAUUGCCAUAAAGGAUGCAUUUCAGUAACCUGUUCAACAUUUGUGAUGAUGGCAUUGAAGAAAAUACUUCAAAAGCCACGUGUUCAUCUUGUUUCAGUAUUAACCAUUUUUAUUUCAGAGUCUUUGAAGCCUGUAAGUCUAAAAAAGAAAAGAGUUUAUUUUUGUGUAUCACAGGCUGGUUUAUUUGUCUUGUUCUUUUUCUACUGUUGUAGUGACCUUAGUGGACAUUAUUACUCAAAAAACAUAGGGGAGAAAACAAGUCUGUGUGAUUAACACUGCACGCUUGUUAUCGCACAAACCUGUUAGAAGUGUCAGUAUUUCUCUAUUUCCGUUCAGAUGACUGAGUUUCUAGAGAAACAUUGGCAAAGUUUUGCUUCUCCACUUUUUUAUUGCUAGGAAGAUUUCAUUUAUGCACAUUUGUAGAUUUUGCCACAAAGUAUUUUUUCCAGUUUUGAGUCUUCAUAUGGUGCACUGUAGUUAGUAGUCAGAGAGACUAGUUUAUGAGAAAUUGUGCCAUAUUUGGCAGAUGAAAAUUAUGUGCAUAUGACUUCUGUUCCUAGUGUAUUGCAGGAUCAUCACAAACUGUUUCAAUUACUUUUCUGAGACAUGUCUUUCAUAUGUAGACCAAAACUAAAAGUUGAGGAAGACAGCCUGUCUCCAUCUAUGUGCCCAUCUUGGAAUGCACGUUUUUCCUUGCUCAUUGAUUUCUAAAUCAUGUGAAAGUGGGGACUGGCUGUGGUUGCACUUUUUCACAUUGCUUCACAACCUCAGAUCAAUGGAGAUGCCUCUAUAAUGCGACCUUUCACUUUGCUAAAUCUUUAUUGUCAUUUUGAUAUGUCAAAGAAAAAAACAGCUUUUCAUAGCAGAAAAGUUUACACAAAUUUUAAAAAUUAGAGAUUAAUUUAGUGGUCUCCAACUAGUAAUAAAAACUUACUAAUAAAAAAAAUUCUGACACUGAAAAAGUAUAUACAUUUACUGCUCAAUUCCAUAUUUUCACCAGAAAGAAGCAGACACUCAGACAUACAAGGAAAAACAUUUUUCUUUGCUUACAUUUUCAGUAAUGCAAGUAUCGACCCAUCUGAAUAUUCACAACUACAGUAAUAAAAGCCUUCACGUGGCACAGACUUAAUAAAAAGUAUUAGUAACUGGAGUGCUACAGCAGUAAUAUGAGUGAGGGAUUUUCCAGAAAGAGGACAAGAGGAGAAGCAUUAAAGCCUUUUGAAUUGCCAGUUUUACUCUGCAUGUUUAAGAAGCACUAUCUCAAAAAAACAACAGGCUGAGGACCAAGCUGCCCUGUUAACAUGAGAGAGUCUCUUAUACCUGUGUCCUGUCUGGGCAGAAUUUGGCUAGGUAUAUUAGAGCUGUGAAGACUAGAAGUUAAACAUUUUAAUAAAAUACCAAAUAGUGGCAGUCACACAGUAAGAUAAAAUAUGCUCUAAUAUCCCUCAGAGCAAACAAGUGAAAAAUCAAAUAGGAUAUUUAUUAUUUGGCUAAAUAUUUUAGCAAUCCCAUAUUGAGAGUGUCCACAAACACAACUCAUUUUAAGAAACAGCAACAAGAUAAAGAGCUGUUAAAUGUAUGCUGUCACUUUGAUGUUUUUUUAAAUUGUAUAUAUUUUUAAAAUGUCCUCACAACGUCCAUUUCUACAUGCCUCAAUAAAGCUAGCAGAACCUUGGUUCAUGGUUUCUUCAUUCAGGAAAUAAUUACAGACAUUACUGUUAAGUGUUAGUCCAAAUUUAAUUCUUGUUUAACUUCCUGACACUAAAACCCUGCUGAAGAAACACUUCAGCACCCUUAUUCACUUUAUUUUCUAUCUUGUAAUAUUUUUCUUUAACUUCCACCAGGUAGGAAUCCCAUUUUUUCCCAAAUAAUCUAAUUUAACUUUUUUUACAGCUCUGUAUUGUUCAAUAAUCUAAAAGGUUCAUUUUAUUUAAAUGACCAUGGGUGACCAGCAUAUAAACUAUUUAACUUGCUAAACUAGAUACUUAGAUUUUACAUUAAUAUUUGUGUAAUAUAUUUGCAUCUCAAAGAUUGGCUUUAAAUGAAACCCAACAGUAUUUAGAAAGGUUGCAUAUUCAGUAUAAGAAAAAAAAAGUUAGGUUUAAUAUUUCAUCUAGAAAAGCACCCCAUGAAGACUUGCAACAUCUUUAUUUUGUUUAAAAAGCAACUAUUUUUGGUGCUAGUAUAUCUUUUCUCUUUUGAUGGCAAACCAGUUUGAACCCCCUGUGUGCUGUUUUAUAUUUUAGUAGCAUUCCUCCAAAUAGAUAUUAUUUGUUUUGUUUAGUUUGUGGCAGGAACAGUAGUUCCUCUACCAGUCUUUUCAGUUGUAGACAUGUGUAGUGGUAUUGGUCUACACAGCUUCUAGAUCCCUGACUUUUUCGGGUAUUAUUAAUUCUUGUUUCUUUGAGAGCUUUCAGUAUUUGUUUCAUACCAAGUUUUGUAAUCAUCUGUUACUCCAGUGUAUUACAACCACAUUGUGCAAAAGUCCUGCUACAGAAGCAGCAAGUCUUUUCAGCACUGUAUGGAAUAUGUCUGACAUACAUGAUCCUUGUCUUCAUAUUCAUAGAUUAGCUAUGGGGAACCUUACUUUCAGGAUGCUUUGGACACCAUUUUGUUUUUUCCUGAGGUAAAGCAUGAAACUUUAAUUAAUUGAACAAUGAUACAAUGGUUUUUUAUUGGUAUUUUUAUUUAUUGCUGACUUUGAUGUCAUGUUCUAAUAGUGUAGCAAGGCAGAAUGACACUCUUCGUCUAGCUAUUUGUAAAUUUUGUUAAGUCUACCGUGGCAGUAUUAUGAAUGCAUUCAGAAUGAUCAAAUGAGACAAUCAGGCCUUUGGUCCUUGUGGGAAGGUGGAGCUGUGUAAGGCCAGGGGACACAUCAGGAGAUGUUUUUCAGAUCGUGGAUCCCCACUGAAGUUUAGGGGGAGCUGUUCUGCUGACUUGCACAGAACUGGAAUUGUAAACCUGGGCUCAACCAUGCAGAGCUCUUCACUUGGCUGUGCCUCCCCUUCCAUAGAAAUGAAAUGGGGAGAGUGAUGCAUCCUUCCAUUGCCAAGCACUUUGAGACAUGAAGAGGAAGGAUACAGCUAUUGCGCUUAGUAACACGGCAAAUACCACCUUCGGUGGUGGGAACCUUUAGAUCCUAGCCUAAACCAGGACCACUCCAGUGAGGAAAAGCUGCAGAGAUACUCUGAGUCUAUUGAAUGUGAUUAAGAUGUUCAAGGUAUGCAGAAGCUGACCUUUCCUUUCAAAUGUCCUGAUCUCUGCUGCUUGACCAUCUUGAAUUACAUUUUUACAUCUCUGCAUUUUAUCUAAUGAGACACCUAAAUUGGCUUACUAAAGAAUCACACAAAAUACUAGUAUCUGCAAAGACAGUGGUGAAAAGAAAGUCUAAUUUUUAGUCAUUGCAAAAAAAGUAUUUUAUUUCAGUGACCAGAGUUAAAACUAGCACCUGGUGGUUGUUAUUAUUUUUUUCCUUUCUGCGACUUGCUCUUACGGAUCUGAAUGUUGCUGUAAUGUACAAAUGAAGGUUUUCUUGCAUCCUCUGUUAUUGAAGUAUUUCACAUGGUGGUUGGAUUCAUUAAAUGCUACAAGUGCCUGCCACCAUCAUUUCUGACAGAAUUUUAAAAAGAUACUCCACAAAACAAGUGGAGUUUGUAUUUUAAAAAAGGAUUUGGAGUGUUGUUUUUGUUUCGUUUUGUUUUUAAAUGCAUCCGAUUAUCAAUGCUGCUUGAAAAUUGAAUUUUCUUUGGAAAACAGGGGGCCUUAACUUAACCUGGGACCGUUAGUGUUUUACUUAUUUCUAUUUAAAAAGAAAUUGUAUUAAUUUCCCAGAUACCAUUGGUACUUGCACACUUCUCUUAAGUAUUAUGAAGAGUUGGGUUGGUGGAAGAAUGUUUUACAUAUUGUUAACAUAUAUGUGGAUAUUCUUAUAUUAUUGUACAUGUUUGGGCAAAUAUCACACUACUUUAAAAAUGUUACUAAGAUGUAUGUAUCUGACUUUUUCCUUUGGAAAAAAUAUAUUUUUAUUUGCAUUUUUUACUUUUUUAAGUUCAUCUAUAUGUGCUGUUAUUUUUGUAUUGCAAAUGGUCUCAUAAAUGCAGUAGAGGAGAUAAAAAUACAAAUAAAAUCCAAAUACAAAGUAAUUUGGCAAGGAUUACAUUGCUUGGGGGGAAAAUCACAUGGGUCAGUAUCAUAUUAUCAACACUAGAAAUAUUUUGUGUGUCAGCACUGUAAAUAUUUCAUGAGACCUCUUUUGAUGAGUAAAGAAUUGCAAGGUUUUAAUCACCCAUUUUAAUUUGUUAUUAAUUACCACUUUCUUGUGGCCUCUGGUCCUGACUUAAUUGAACUCAAUCAAACAGCAUGCUUUUGUUUUUAUUAUUAAAAUUUCUCCUUGGUUUUCAUUUGAAUACUGUUUUGUUUUCCUUCAGUUUUGUACUUCAGGUUUUGUUUCUUGCUUGUGAGAAGUUGAUCUUCAGAAUUAUUUUUACACUAUUUAUGAUUUAUUUUCAUAAUGUACAAAGUGUGUAAUUAUUAAAA